AUGAGAGAAGCCGCCGCCGCCGCCGAGCUGGUCCCCCCGCCCGCCUUCGCCGUCACCCCCGCCGCCGCCAUGGAGGAGCCGCCGCCGCCGGGACCCGAGCCUGAGCCCGAGCCCGAGCCCGAGCCCGAGCGCUGCCGGGGGGCGAGGCAAGAGCGCACGUUGGGAGAUUCAGCUUGCAAGAAUUCGGAGUCUGAUCCAGAGGACUUUUCAGAUGAAACCAAUACGGAGAACCUUUAUGGCACCUCUCCCCCCAGCACACCUCGGCAGAUGAAACGCAUGUCUGCCAAGCUCCAGAGGAAUAGUGUAGGGAGGCCUGCCAGUCGAUCUGGCUUGAAAGAAAAAAUGAAUGCACCAAACCAGCCUCCCCACAAAGACACUGGGAAAACUGUGGAGAAUGUGGAAGAAUACAGCUAUAAGCAGGAGAAGAAGAUCCGAGCAGCUCUUAGGACAACAGAGCGUGAUCAUAAGAAAAAUGUGCAGUGCUCGUUCAUGUUGGACUCAGUGGGUGGGUCUUUGCCCAAAAAAUCAAUUCCAGAUGUGGAUCUUAAUAAGCCUUACCUCAGUCUUGGCUGCAGCAACGCUAAGCUUCCGGUGUCCGUGCCCAUGCCUAUAGCCAGAACUGCACGCCAGACUUCUAGGACUGACUGUCCAGCAGAUCGCUUAAAGUUUUUUGAGACUUUACGACUUCUGCUAAAGCUUACCUCAGUCUCCAAGAAGAAGGACAGGGAGCAAAGAGGACAGGAAAAUACAUCUGCUUUCUGGUUUAACCGAUCUAAUGAACUGAUCUGGUUAGAGCUACAAGCCUGGCAUGCAGGACGGACCAUUAAUGACCAGGACCUCUUUUUAUAUACAGCCCGUCAAGCCAUCCCAGAUAUUAUCAACGAAAUCCUUACUUUCAAAGUUAAUUAUGGGAGCUUUGCCUUUGUUAGAAAUGGAGCUAGUUUUAAUGGUACUUCAGUAGAAGGGCAGUGCAGAGCCCCUCAUGGAACAAAUAUGGUGGGUUAUUCAGCAUAUCAUGAGCAUCUCCAACGCCAGAGGGUGUCGUUUGAGCAGGUAAAGCGGAUAAUGGAGUUGCUGGAGUACAUAGAAGCACUUUAUCCAUCGUUGCAGGCUCUUCAGAAGGACUAUGAAAAAUAUGCUGCAAAAGACUUCCAGGACAGGGUGCAGGCACUCUGUUUGUGGUUAAACAUCACAAAGGACUUAAAUCAGAAGUUAAGGAUUAUGGGCACUGUUUUGGGCAUCAAGAAUUUAUCAGACAUUGGCUGGCCAGUGUUUGAAAUCCCUUCUCCUCGAUCAUCCAAAGGCAAUGAGCCAGAAGAUGAGGGUGAUGACACAGAAGGGGACUUGAAAGAGCUGGAAAGUAGCGCGGAUGAGAGUGAAGAAGAACAGCUCUCAGGUCCAAGGGCACUGGAACCCACAGAGCCCACUGACAGCAGUUUCAACAUCCAUUCGCAGGAUUGCGUGCCUAAGAAGCUUGAGAGGCUUGAGUCUGAGGACGACCCUGUUGGCUGGGGAGCACCAGACUGCAGUACAGAAGCAGGCUUUAGUAGACAUUGUCUGACUUCUAUUUAUAGACCAUUUGUAGACAAAGCACUGAAGCAAAUGGGGUUAAGAAAGUUAAUUUUAAGACUUCACAAGCUGAUGGACGGUUCCUUGCAGAGGGCACGCGUAGCCCUGGUAAAGAGUGACCGUCCAGUGGAGUUUUCCGAAUUUCCAGACCCCAUGUGGGGUUCCGAUUAUGUGCAGUUAUCCAGGACGCCACCUUCCUCAGAGCAGAAGUGCAGCACUGUGUCGUGGGACGAGCUGAAGUCCAUGGACUUACCCUCCUUCGAGCCUGCCUUCCUGGUGCUCUGUCGAGUCCUUCUGAACGUGAUACAUGAGUGUCUGAAGUUAAGACUGGAACAGAGGCCUGCUGGGGAACCAUCUCUCUUGAGUAUUAAGCAGCUGGUGAGGGAGUGCAAAGAGGUGCUCAAGGGCGGCCUGCUGAUGAAGCAGUACUACCAAUUCAUGCUGCACGAGGUGCUGGACCGCCUGGACAAGACCGACUGCAACAUCGACGCCUUCGAGGAGGACCUGCACAAAAUGCUGAUGGUGUAUUUUGAUUACAUGAGAAGCUGGAUCCAAAUGCUGCAGCAGUUACCUCAAGCAUCCCAUAGUCUAAAAAACCUGUUAGAAGAAGAAUGGAAUUUCACCAAAGAAAUAACCCAUUACAUCCGGGGAGGAGAAGCACAGGCUGGGAAACUUUUCUGUGACAUCGCGGGGAUGCUACUGAAGUCGACUGGAAGUUUUUUAGAGUUCGGCUUGCAGGAGAGCUGUGCAGAGUUCUGGACCAGUGCUGACGACAGCAAUGCCUCAGAUGAAAUCAGGAGAUCUGUUAUAGAGAUUAGUCGAGCACUGAAGGAACUCUUUCAUGAAGCUAGAGAAAGAGCCUCCAAGGCACUUGGAUUUGCUAAAAUGUUGAGAAAGGACCUGGAAAUAGCAGCAGAGUUCAUACUUUCAGCCCCAGUUAGAGACCUUCUGGAUGUUCUGAAAUCAAAACAGUAUGUUAAGGUACAGAUUCCUGGCUUAGAAAACUUGCAAGUGUUUGUUCCAGACACUCUUGCUGCGGAGAAGAGCAUUAUUUUGCAGCUACUCAAUGCAGCCGCGGGAAAGGACUGCUCCAAAGAGUCAGAUGAUGUCCUGAUCGACGCCUAUCUCCUGCUAACCAAGCACAGCGAUCGUGCUCGGGACUCGGAAGAUAGCUGGGCCACGUGGGAGGCACAGCCCGUCAAAAUUGUGCCUCAGGCCGAGACUGUUGAUACCCUGAGAAGCAUGCAGGUGGAUCAUCUUUUACUAGUGGUCAUGCAGUCUGCGCAUCUCACCAGCCAGAGAAAAGCUUUCCAGCAGUCCAUCGAGGGACUCAUGACUCUCCGCCAGGAGCAGACGUCCAGUCAGCCGGUCAUCGCCAGAGCUUUGCAGCAGCUAAAGAAUGAUGCACUAGAGCUUUGCAACAGAAUAAGUGAUGCCAUUGACCGAGUGGACCACAUGUUCACUUCAGAAUUUGAUGCUGAAGUUGAUGAAUCUGAGUCUGUCACGUUACAGCAGUACUACCGAGAAGCAAUGAUUCAGGGCUACAACUUUGGGUUCGAGUAUCAUAAAGAAGUUGUUCGUUUGAUGUCUGGAGAGUUUAGACAGAAGAUAGGAGACAAAUAUAUAAGCUUUGCCCGGAAAUGGAUGAACUAUGUCCUAACUAAAUGUGAGAGUGGUCGAGGUACAAGACCCAGGUGGGCAACCCAAGGUUUUGACUUUCUACAAGCCAUUGAACCUGCCUUCAUUUCAGCUUUGCCAGAAGAUGACUUCUUGAGUCUUCAAGCCUUGAUGAAUGAGUGCAUUGGCCAUGUGAUAGGAAAGCCACACAGUCCUGUUACAGCUAUUCAUCGGAACAGCCCCCGUCCUGUGAAGGUGCCGCGAUGCCACAGUGACCCUCCUAACCCACAUCUAAUCAUCCCGACUCCAGAGGGAUUCAGGGGUUCCAGCGUCCCUGAGAACGACCGGUUGGCUUCCAUAGCCGCCGAGUUACAGUUUCGGUCCCUGAGCCGCCACUCAAGCCCCACAGAGGAGCGCGACGAACCAGCAUAUCCAAAAGGUGAUUCAGGUGGGUCAGCUCGAAGAAGCUGGGAACUUCGGACACUUAUCAGCCAGACGAAGGACAGUGCUUCCAAACAAGGACCCAUAGAAGCUAUCCAGAAGUCAGUCCGCUUGUUUGAAGAAAAGAGGUAUCGAGAAAUGAGGAGAAAGAAUAUCAUUGGUCAAGUGUGUGAUACCCCUAAAUCUUACGAUAACGUUAUGCACGUAGGCUUGAGGAAGGUGACCUUCAAGUGGCAAAGAGGAAACAAAAUUGGGGAGGGGCAGUAUGGGAAGGUCUACACCUGUAUCAGUGUUGACACAGGCGAGUUGAUGGCUAUGAAGGAGAUUCGAUUUCAGCCUAAUGACCAUAAAACUAUCAAGGAAACUGCAGACGAAUUGAAAAUCUUUGAGGGCAUCAAACACCCCAAUCUGGUUCGGUAUUUUGGUGUGGAGCUUCAUAGAGAAGAAAUGUACAUCUUCAUGGAGUACUGUGAUGAGGGGACAUUAGAAGAGGUGUCGAGGCUGGGGCUUCAGGAGCACGUCAUCAGGCUGUAUUCAAAGCAGAUCACGAUCGCAAUCAAUGUCCUCCAUGAGCACGGCAUAGUUCACCGUGACAUCAAAGGUGCCAACAUCUUCCUCACCUCCUCCGGACUCAUCAAGCUGGGCGAUUUCGGAUGCUCAGUAAAGCUUAAGAACAACGCGCAGACCAUGCCGGGCGAAGUGAAUAGCACGCUGGGGACAGCAGCAUACAUGGCUCCUGAGGUCAUCACUCGCGCAAAAGGAGAAGGCCAUGGGCGUGCCGCGGACAUCUGGAGUCUGGGGUGUGUCGUCAUAGAGAUGGUGACAGGCAAGAGACCUUGGCAUGAAUAUGAACACAACUUUCAGAUUAUGUAUAAAGUGGGAAUGGGGCACAAGCCACCGAUCCCUGAAAGAUUAAGCCCGGAAGGAAAGGACUUCCUUUCUCACUGCCUUGAAAGUGAGCCCAGGAUGAGGUGGACGGCCAGCCAGCUCCUCGACCAUUCCUUCGUCAAGGUCUGCACGGAUGAAGAAUGAAGCUCGUCGGUCUGCGGCCUGGUAGUGUGUGUGCUCGGAGAGUUCUCGUAAUCACUACUGUAUGUAAUAUUUACAUAAAGACUGUGCUGAGAAGCAGUAUAAGCCUUUUUAACCUUCCAAGACUGAAGGCUGCACAGGUGACAGGCGUCACUUCUCCUGCUGCUCCUGUUUGUUUGACGUGGCCCGGGGCCCUUCCGAGUGACGGGUCCACGAGGUAAAGACGCUGCAUGUUAAGUGCCAUUACUACUGUCCACGGACCGUCGCUCUGUCACCUGCUUCUCGUGGGACUGAGAACCGUGACGUCAGCGUAGUGUUUUGACCUUCCUGGGUUCAAAAGCAGUUGUAGUGUUAUCAGGUGUCCUGGGCCUUGUUGUGAAACUCUUGUUUGUCGAGUGCACUGACUGUGAAACCUUACCUUUUUGUUGUCGUUGGCAAGCCACAGGUUUGUUAUGCAAAGGCUGAUUAAUGAAAUUUAAGAAAAAGGUUCUUUUUUCAAUAAAUGGUUUAUUUU